CAAGUCCAUUUUCGAUAUACCAAUCGCGGAGUGCGUGUUAUCCUUUCGACGGACGAUGAGGGAGGAGGAUUUCGAUGGAGGCCCGAAUAGUCAAUAGCGAGAAAGGAUAGUGUACAGUGAAAGUGCAUAGGGAGACGGCCGACAAGUAGUUUCGUGCUCAAGAUGAUGUGAAAAUGUGAAGGCUUUCCUGAUUAGUGAAGAUACUCGUACUCGACCACACAUUUGUUGGAUCAAUAAGAAGUUUUCAAUUACUGAGAUAUUGAGCGGUGCAUGUUCACGCUACGUACUUCAAACAAUAAAAAGUGAUAUGUGAAACGAAUUCCAUCAUUCUCCAAACCAAACGCUAUCAAUAAAAUUAUAAAAGUUACGAAAAUAAAGAUGUAAAGUGAGUGGUGCCGGUAGUUCACAAUAAUGAGAUAAAACAAGCAGCGCUGGGAACGUAGCCUUAUGAAAUAUGCGACUGCCUAAAGUUUCGUUACGAAGAAGUUUUUUCCUGGGAAUAUGCGCGGCUCUCCUGCUCUUCUUCGGAUUUUGCAUCAGAGAUCGGGAGCUCUGGAGACCGAGAGCUAGAAAGCUGCACUUUUACCAAAUGGAAAAGAAUGAUGAUAAACCCUUAUCAGAACAAACGACAGAAGGAUCGGCAUUGCAAAACCAAGGCCCCAAUGAAUAUGAAGCAGAAACACAACCGCCCAGUUCAUACGUACCGACCUCGAAAGCUUGGUACUUCCGAAAUGGUGAACGUUAUCCAGAACCAAUGCCGCGACGAGCAGGACGUAAACGCCGACUGGCGAAACUAUUCCCGCAGGACGAUGCGCACAGUGACCGUAUUAUCAAUCAGCUCAUGUUCGUCCCGCACAAUUACGAGGAAAUACGGGAGGAAGGCACUCUGAAGACAAUAUUGCUAUACAACGGCCUAGGACCGUGGAAUGUUAAGAAAGGACGUGAUGUUUUCCUCAACUCAAAAUGUCCAGUAGAUACUUGCACUCUAACCGCAAAUAAAGAAAAGGCUGCCUCAGCCGACUUAAUUUUGUAUAAGGAUCAUUAUAUACCAACGGGAAUACACCGACCUAGCAAACAAAUUUUUAUGAUAUAUUUUCUCGAAUGUCCUUAUCACACGCAGCACAUAAAAGUUCCUGAUGUAUUCAAUUGGACAGCAACGUACAGAAGAGACAGCGACAUAGUAGCACCUUACGAAAAAUGGGAGUACUACGACUCCAAGGUUCGGCAAGUGGAGCAGGAUCAUAAUUACGCACUCAACAAGACGAAGAAGGUCGCUUGGUUCGUCUCAAACUGCGGGGCCCGCAACGGUCGGCUGCAGUAUGCACAUGAACUUCAGAAAUAUAUUCAGGUGGAUAUCUAUGGAGCCUGUGGUUCUCUAAAAUGUUCGCGUAAUACGGCAGACAAGUGUUUUGAUAUUUUAGAUCACGACUAUAAGUUUUACCUCGCAUUUGAAAAUUCCAACUGCAAGGAUUACAUCACGGAGAAGUUUUUCGUGAAUGCGCUUAAUAGAAAUGUUUUGCCAAUAGUGAUGGGCGCUCGUCCUGAGGACUACGAGAGUAGCGCCCCCUAUAGGUCGUAUAUUCACGUAGAUGAGUUCGCCUCACCCAAGGAGCUAGCUGAGUAUCUGCACAUAUUAGACAAAAAUGAGGAGCUCUACAACUCGUACUUCAAGUGGAAGGGGACGGGGGAGUUCAUAAAUACAUAUUUUUGGUGCCGCGUGUGCGCCGCCCUGCAUGACGAGGAGGCACUGAAGAGGCCUAAGUGGUAUCAGGACGUGAACGAGUGGUGGCGCGGCCCGGGCGUUUGUACAAAUGGAUCUUGGCGUAACUUCAAGGCGCGCAAAGAUGUUAUAUCUGACGACUAGUUUGUAUUAUUUUUUGCCAUUUAGUGCUUUAUAAUGUUAAAUAGCGAAAGGAUUCUAGUCGAAAAGAA